AUGUUGAGGAAUUUUCUAUCAAUUUUUCUCCUAAUUUCUCUAACUUCUGCCGAUGACUCGCAAUUCUUUCGAAUUCUGAUUCGAGAAUUCGACAAUCCUGCUGGCACUCAUUUUUCCGGUCAAUCAUGUUCGGAUUUCGGAUUUGUUGGAUUGGGUUGUAAUACUUGGCUAGAAGCUGGGGUAAUUGCUCAGGUUAAUGAUGUAGCAGUGACAACUUUGAAUCAACAAAUCAAUUCGAGAUAUGAGACAUCAGUGACUGGUUUGAAUUUGAUUGUUGAGGAUGAGAAUGCAGCUUCGUAUAGCUUUUUUGAGGUAAACGGAACCGGGAGAGAACUCGUCCAAAAUUAUUGCGAUUUUAGAUGGAAAAAAAUAUAUAAUAAGCUAUUGUUUUCUAACAGGGUUUCACUCUUCAAAUCCGCCUCGCUUCCCAAAACACAUUUGCCGACAAUGUAUUGAUUGACUCAUUCACCAUCAAUAUUAACACCACUGAUCAGACAGGAAUCUACAGUUAUACAAGUCAAAGAAAUGGCACACUUCCAACUACUUUAUCGAUUGCCUGGUCUACAAAUAUCCCACCAUUUGUGCCAUCAACAACUUCAGCUUCAGAAUCUACCACUGAAUCGUUUACUGGAUCUACAACAGCUUUCACAGGAUCUACCACAACUUAUAUUCCUACAACUACACCAAUUUUACCAAAAGAUUGCUCUGAAAUCCCGAAUCUAUCGAUUUCUGGAGCUCAAACCAUCUACCCAGAUGGUGUUACCGCUGUUCAAGUGUUCUGUGAUGUUAAGAGUUAUGGAAUUCUUACAGUUAUCCAAAGUCGAGAUAGUUCUGGUUCUUCAACUGAUUUCAAUCAAACUUAUGAUUCUUAUACUCAACAAUUUGGAAAUCCAUCAGCAGCUUCGAAUUAUUGGUUUGGUUUGGAAAAUAUGAAUGUUUUGACAAAUCAGAAAAAAUAUACUUUAUUGAUUGAUGUUUGCUGUGGAAAUACAUUAUCUUCGAGACAAAUCUAUCAUGGUUUCAAGGUAAGAUGAGGGGCUAACUUUGAAGCUUAUCUCCUAUUUCAGAUUGGCUCAAACUCCACCAAAUACAAACUCAGUGCCACCGCUGAUCUUCCAGGAAUUGGCCUCGAUUACUCGAGUUCGAGAAAAGAUAUCGGAUCUGAAUUCAGCACUUAUGAUACCUACAGCUUGGAUAAGUGAGUCUCUAAGUCAUAUCCACUCUAAUUCCUUUUUUCAAGAUCAUCUUGCGAUGAAUUUGGAUAUGCUAGUGAUGAUGAUGUGACAGUUCAACCAUAUGGUGGUUGGUGGUUCGGAAGUUGUGGAAAUAAUUUAAACGGAGCUCUUAUCUCAAAUACCAAUGAAACAUGCUCGAUUUCGUAAGAACAAUUUUAAUUUAAAAAUAACUCACCAAAUGUUGUUGUAUUCUAGAUCUUUCGCCGGCGAGCUUGGUGUGAAUUUGCGAACUACAACUGGAACCAAUUCCGAUGGUUGGGAUGUUGAUCUUAUUUCAUAUAAUCGCGUCAGAAUGGCCAUUUUUACAUUUGACUCAUUAUUGAUUGAAAAAUCAGAUGAUUCUUUCUGCAAAAAUUGA